AUGAACAGCAGCACCAUGGAGCACAUCCAUGGCGUUGACGUCAGCUGGAUGACCCACGGCGCACCAAAAGACGGCAACGCCCCUAAACCAACGAGUCGCCGGCGAAAUACUCUGCAGUCACAAUCGGCACCGCCGCCGCAGUCGCCUGCUACUCCGGCUGCUGGUGCGCCUACCGCCUCAAGCCCCCGGGCUAUGCCAUCCUCGUCGCCGGCCCCCAUCCCGAUCGCCAAUGCCGCCGGCUCCCCUCCAACACAGCAGCUUUCUUCGUCAUUGCCCGCAACGUCGAGCAGUCCACGCGGUCGGCGACCGUCGUGGUUUUCCAACAUCUCCUCCAAAUUCUCGACAAAUCCCGGCUCCAGUCCACCCCAGGCGACCAACACAUCUCCCAAGCAGGCCGAGCUGUCUGUCCCGCGCCCAAACGUCGCCAAGAAUGCGGUACUGCAGCAUGCGGCCAAGUACGAAGGCGAGGGGCCAUACACACCCGCCCCGCCGAAAUCGUCGGGCCAAGCCGGUCUCCUCCACGUAUUUCGUCGGCUGUCUACGUCCACCAGUAACACCGGCCCUUCCGUCAAGGCCAACCACGGCCUAGUCGAGCGUUGCAUAUUGAACGUCGACCACAACCGCGAGCGGUGUCGGCUGCAGGAGUUGAACCAGGCAAAGCUGCGCCGCGUUGCCUUUUGUGUCGAUGUCGAGAUUGCCCCCAUGCCCAAAUACUUGGAUCUGGACCUGGCUGCCAAGCAGGCGGCCGCGACCGUUGGACCGGUCCCGGCCGACAAGUCGCAAAAGCGGAAAUCGAUCGAGAAGAGCGAAGGCGAUGCGCUUAAGCACGCCAGGGCGGGGGCGCUUCUGCCCGAAGACCCCAACGAGCAGUCACAACCGAAUGCCGUAAACGCCGCCUCUAAUCCUGUCGUCUCGUCAACAAAACUCACUCCAAUUCCCGAAAAGGCUCCCUCGGCAUCUCCGACACCCGCCGCAACCGCGACUGCAACCGCGCCAUCCAAUGCCAGCGCACAAGCUGCCGCACCUCCGGUACCCGCAAAGAACGACACGAACGGCGCCGCCUCCCCAAAUUCCAGCCCACCACCCUCAACUUCGACGAGCGCCGACGCACAAACCGGUGGCGCACCUGCUGACCCAAACCGUAAAAAGGAAAAGAAGAAGCGGAGCGAAGAAGAGCGCAAGCUGCGCAAAGAGCGCAAGCGACUCCAAGCUGAAGCAAACGGCAUGAUCCCCAUGGAGAUCUACCUGGACAGUGACGACUCGGACAACACGACCGGCAAGAAGAGCACCCCGUCCACGGCGCCUGCCACACCGCGCACACAGCUCGCACCGACCACCAACCCUGUCCGCAUCUACCGCCGGUGCUGCCAGCUCCGCGAGACCCCCAUCUUGAAGAAGGUCACUGAGCAGCUGGCUGAUCCAGCUGUCUUCUCGAGUGAAGAGGGCAUUGUUUCUAAGCUUGAUCUGACGGGCUACUGGCUGCAGCUGGCCGACCUUGUCACGCUGGGUGACUUUUUGGCUGUCGUGCCCAUCCGUGAAGUGAUCCUGGAAAACUGCGGUCUCAAUGACGAGGGCCUCCGCGUCAUCCUUGCUGGUCUUUUGGCGGCGCGGAAGCCCCAGAAGAAGCAUAUUCAUCUGCACCAUUUCCAUCGCCAUCUCCACAACAAUGGCGCCUCGCACGAGGGUCAGACUGUUCCCGUGACGGCGGCCCUCUCCAAAGGCGAGACCCACCAAGGCGGAUUUGUCGAGCGCCUCGUCCUCAAAAACAAUAAAAUUGGUGUUGAGGGCUGGAAGCACGUGUGUCUGUUCAUCUACAUGUGUCGGUCGCUCAAGGCCUUUGAUCUAUCGAAUGUUGUGUUCCCACAUGUGCUGGUGAACAGCAAGGCGUCGCAUGCAAGCCAAACGCCCGACGCGAAAUCCGCAGCCCAGCAGGCGCCUGCCAAGCAGCAGUUCGACGUCUGCCAGCUGCUAUCAACGUCCAUUGCUGAGCGUCUCGGCGGCUCGAUGCUGGAGCUGCUCAAUUUCGGUGACACGGGCCUGUCGUCCGAACAGCUGGGCUGGAUCGUCGACGGUAUUAUCCAGUCCGGCACGAAGCGGCUGGGUCUUGCGCACAACGACCUCGACGACGCUGGCGUGCAGCACGUUGCGCGCUACCUUGCCAGCGGCCGGUGCGAGGGCCUUGAUCUUGGCGGCAACGACCUGCGCGACCGACUCGAGAAGCUGGCCGACGCCGCCGCCAUCAACGACUCGCUGUGGGCACUCAGCUUGGCAGACUGCAACCUGACGCCGUCCUCGUUGUUCAAGCUCCUCCCAAAGCUGGUGGAUUUGCCCAAUUUCCGCUUCAUUGACCUGUCACACAACCACGACCUGUUCGAGAUUCGACCGAGCGUCACAGCGCUGCUGCGGCGGUACUUGCCAAUGAUGGCAUCGCUCAAGCGGCUGCAUCUAGCGGACGUGGCCAUGACGUCGGAGCAGGCCAUUGCGAUUGCCGAGGUGCUACCUGAGGUCAAGGAGCUGGCGCACCUCAACAUUCAGCAGAACCCGGAGCUCAUCAAGCUGGCCGACGCGCGCACCGAGGAAGCGCAGGAGCAGGCGUGUGCUCUGUACGCGUCGUUCUUGGCGGCCACGCGGCUCUCGAAGAGCAUUGUCGCCGUCGACAUGCCCGUCCCCACCGCCGAGUCUACCGAAAUCGUGCGUGCCAUGGCGAAGCACGUCCUUGCGUAUUGCCUGCGCAAUGUCGAUCGUGUUACACUCGGCAACCCCGCGGCGCUCGUUGUGCUCGGCAACGCCAAGUCGGUGCCGCCAGUGGCCGAGCUGCCUGAGGCGGUGUCAUCGGACAGCGUGUCGUCGAAGACGUUGCUAAGCAAGGGCGACGCCGACUACCCAGACGUGCUACAGCACCUUGUGGGCCACGACGCUGCCAUCGUUGAAGAGGACGAUGACAUUGGCGCUGCUCCUGACGACGACUAUGUCAUUGGCGGUACAGGUGUCGCGCAGGCGCUCGAGUGCUGCCUGAAGAACCGCAACCCCGAGCUGACAGACGGCGCACUUGGUACGGGGGUCAUGCAUGAAGGCGAUAUUGCGUUUAUGGAGGCGGCUGGUAGCGGCCUGCCCGGCCCGGGCAAGGCCAAGGACAUGUCGAAGCAUCUGCUGCAGAGUGCGCGCAAGAUCCGGCUGCGGCUGCAGCCGGCGCUGCAAAAGGCGCGGUCCAUGUCGGCUGUCGACAACCAAGCCUACCAACGCCUUCUCUUCCUCGACAACACGCUCGACGGUAUUAUCAAGCGGUUCGAAGACGAGUUCCCCGAGACGCGGGUGUCGAUCGACAGCGGCGUGUCACUGUCGCAGCCCGCGGUCGAUGCGAAUGCGAACGGACGGCCACAUGCAUCGUCGAUGGACUCGGGCUCGGCAGAGGCGGACGUCGAGGGCGAUACGGCGGCUGUCUUCUUGUCGGACGGCGAGGAUGAAACCGACAUCUUGCCGUCGCGGCUGUCUCGGUCCAACUCGAUCAUGUCGCUGUCCUCCAAGGGUUUGACGAACGAGGAGGGCCGCGUGCUGCGGGCAGGCCACCGGUUCCGCAGCGGUUGGUUCAAGCAUUACAACUUGUUGUCGGGCAUCGACGAGAUCGGAACGGAUCCGGCACACAAACGCGUGCUGUACGAGCUGAUCAACGAGAUGAACGACGCCGGCAUCAACAACAAGCUCGCCGAGAAGGGCAUUGUGCGACUCUUCAAGGAGGACCGCGAAGAACUGCUGCAGAUCCUCAAGGAGCAGGACCCAGAGCACUGGGAACGCUUCAUCGAGUCGCAGGAAAAGGCACGGGCCAAUCUCAAGAUUGAGCUGGGCGGGUCUGGCAGCAACGGUGUGAACGGUGUGAACGGUGUGAGCGAACCCAACGGACCCAAUGGACAGGGCGGAGGCGGAACCAGUGCGCUGACCAGUGCACUGCGGGCUGCGGCAGUGGAGGGCAACGAGUCGGCGAUUGUGGACGACUAG